CCACCAAUAAUGUCUAGAAAAAAUCACGAUUGGGGAUAGCUGGCAGCACAAUUUAUUGCCAUUAACAUAUGAUUUUUGUUUAUUUUUUUUCGUCCGGUGAAGUGAUAAAAGUUUAUAUUUCCGAUUACUUACCACGAAAACAUAAACGCGAAAACAUAUAAAAACAAUUUUAUUUAAAUAAGUCACACUCAACCGUCAAGUGCAACCAAAUACGAGCAACAUGGCAUGUAAAGCAGUUAAAUUUGUAUCACCUUUACUGCGGACACAAAGGUAUUUGCUGUUAAAUAAUACUAUACAUAUCCGAUAUGCACAAACGUCUACAAAUGGCACUUAUAUGUCAACAUCGGAUACAAAUUCAGCCAAAACCCAAAAGGAAACUCGUCAUUCAGCUAGCACACAAAAAGAAAUAAAUCAUCAUGCAAAUUUAUCUUCAACCUGGUGGGAUAUAAAUGGUCCAAUGCAUGGACUACAUAAGCUUAACGAAAUAAGAGUGCCUUUGGUACGUGACGGCAUGGUUACUCGCGGUACCAUUGAUCGCAGUUUAAUGAACACAACCAAGGUUUUACAAGGCAAAAACAUAUUAGAAGUCGGUUGUGGAGGUGGUAUUUUAACAGAGACAUUGGCACGUUUAAGUGCUAAUGUUACAGGUAUUGAUUUGGGCGAAGACGUUAUAACAACAGCGCGAACGCAUUUAGAGUCGCAUAGUCCAGAACUGAAAGAUCGAAUAACUUAUAAAAUCGAACCAGUAGAAGUACAUGCAAAAUCGAAUUCAAAUUAUUAUGAUGCUGUAGUAUGCUCGGAGGUUUUGGAACAUAUUGAUGACAAAGCAGGAUUUCUUACACAUUGCGUACAUACUUUAAAGCCUGGCGGGUCAAUAUUCAUAACCACCCUGAAUAAGACAAUCCCGCUAUGGCUUGGUGGCAUUCUGCUUGGCGAAUAUGUUUUCGGCAUCGCACCAAAAAACACACACCAUUGGGAUAAGUUAGUGUCACCACUGGAUGUGCAACGCAUUCUUUCUGCAUUAAAUUGUCAAACUGUGCUGACCAAUGGAUACACAUACGACGUCAUUCGCAGACGCUGGCGUUGGAUUAACACUAAUAUGAUGUGCUAUGCUAUUCAAGCAAUUAAAGCUGAAUAAAUUUAUUUCAACGAAUUUGAAUUAUGUAUUAAAAGCCCUUAUAAAGUUUUAACUAUAAAAUUAUACGGAGAAAAAACACUAAGUACGAUUUGAAUAACAA